AAUUAAAUGAACAUGUGUAACCGGAUAAUUAAUUUAAAGAAUUCUAGUCGUAAUAUAUAUUUUCAUUAUUUGAAUAUUCGGCCUUAUUCAGAUACUACAGUAAGAGUACGGUUUGCUCCAAGUCCUACUGGACAGUUGCACUUGGGUGGUUUUCGUACUGCACUUUAUAACUAUUUAUUUGCUAAAUCAAAAGGUGGUAAAUAUAUUUUAAGAAUCGAAGAUACCGAUCGUUCAAGAGUAAUCUUUGGAGCAGUAGAACAACUACAAGAAGAUUUAAAAUGGUUAGGAAUUGAAUUUGACGAAGGACCUACUAACAAUGGUCCGUAUGGACCUUAUAUUCAGUCUGAGCGUUUAGAAAUAUAUAAGAAAAGAGCACAACAUUUAUUAAGUAGUGGCCAUGCCUAUAGAUGUUAUUGUACUGAGAAGAGAUUAGAACUUUUAAGAAGAGAUGCUUUACGUACCAGAACUAUUCCUCGUUAUGACAAUAAAUGUAGAAGUUUAGACAAAGAAGAGUUGAAACAUAAUGAAGGGAAAAAAUACUGUAUCAGAUUUAAGCUGAACCAAAGUGACGGUCAUUUCAAAGAUUUAGUGUAUGGUAAUGUUGCUAGAAAUGUAGCAGCUGUCGAAGGCGAUCCAAUAAUACUAAAAUCUGAUGGUUUUCCUACUUAUCAUUUAGCUAAUGUUCUUGAUGAUCAUGAUAUGAAAAUUACACAUGUCUUAAGAGGUGUUGAAUGGCAGCCAUCAACAUCUAAACAUAUUUUACUUUAUAAAGCAUUUGGUUGGAAUCCUCCUAAUUUUGGACAUUUACCAUUGUUAACCAAUAUAAAUGGCACAAAACUUUCCAAGCGUCAAAAUGAUAUAACUAUCAGUUCAUAUCGCAAAAAAGGCAUUUAUCCCGAAGCACUUUUAAAUUUUGUUAUAAGUUGUGGGGGAGGAUUUAAAGACAAUAAUGUAAACAAUAUAUACAUAAGAUCUCUUACAGAACUUGUUUCUAAAUUUGAUAUAAGUUUAAUAAACCCUAAUUCAUGUCAAGUACCUCUAGAUAAACUUGGGAAGUUCAAUCAAGCUCAAUUAAAAAUUGAAAUAACUACAGACUUUGGAAGAAAAAAAACUGUUGAAAAUUUGAAAAAACUUGUUCUCAAUACAUUUUCUACUGACAAAUCAAUUGAUUUGGAUUUAUCUGAUGAUCAUUUAAACAAAAUACUUACGUGGAGUGUGAAUAGGAUUACAAACAUUGAUGAACUUAUUCAUGAAAACUAUAAGUUUAUUUGGAUAAAACCAUCAGAGUCAGCGCUAAAAUCUAUGGAUUAUGAUAAAGAUAUAGUAAUUAAUUUAAAAAAUCAUUUAGUAAACAUAGAUAAUUUCACUACAGAUAAUUUGGGACCAGUAUUAAAAAAUUUUUCUAAAUCAAACAAUAUAAUUUACAGUCACUUAAUGAAAAUGCUACGUAACAUCAUUAGUGGACUGAAGGCUAGUAAAUUAAUAAAAAUUUUUGUUUUAAUUUAUUUUCAACACUUAUAUUAUUUAAAUUUAUACCUGCAGGAAGGUCCAAGUGUUAGUGAAAUGAUGGAAAUACUCGGCAAAGAAGAUGUGAUUAACCGAUUAAAUAAAGCAUGUUGAUCAUUAUCUAAUAUCAUUGAUGAAUUAUUGUUUUUUAUAACAAUCAUGUACUAACAAUAUAAAAUGUAAAUUGAUUAUGAA